AUGGGUUACGCAAGUAUGGGACGGAUCUGUAGUUUGAAAUGUACGAAGGUGUUAAUAGCGGUUCUUACAUUUUUAGCGUCGUUUCUGCCGUUGGCGUUUUUCCUCGUGUACCAUUUCACCUUUUACUACUUGAGAAAUUUGGUUGGUUUGUACGUGAUCUUGGCGAUUCUGGGGCUAUGUUCAGUAGGCUUGUUCUUUGCCACAUCCUUUUCAAACCCAGGAUAUGUUAAGAAACUGGAUUACCCAACUCGUAUGUUCGACUACCUAAAAUGUUCGUUCAGAGGAGGUAAUCCACCACGUUUCGUUGAUAUGAUGAUCAACGGACAGCCAACUAAGGUUAAGUUUUGCUCAACAUGCCACACAUAUCGCCCUCCAAGAUCAGUUCACUGCUCAGACUGUGACCGUUGCAUCGUCCGUUUUGACCACCACUGUCCCUAUGUAGCAAACUGCAUUGGAUACUAUAACUACAAAAUAUUCUUGUCUUUUCUAUUGCUUUCUUCUCUCUACUUUUCCUUUCUAUUCUCACUGUUCAUUUUCCGGUCUGUUGAGUUUUUCCCCUCGUUCCAGUCAAACGUGAACCAGAGCCCGACUGAUAUUAUUGGAACAAUUAUUUUUAUGAUCAUAACAUUCAUUAGCGUUUGGCUGGUUUUCGGACUUUACUUCUUCCACAUGUUCAUUGUUCGCAGUAAUUUGAGCACCUACGACAAACUCAAGGAACACUUUGACGAGUUCAACCCCUUCGACCGAGGCACGCUCAACAACUGUAAAGCCGUACUUCUUUACAAUCCCAAGAAGCAAACCAAUCGUAAUCAAACCAUUUACAACCCAUGCGCAAUGUACACUCUUCAGUCAAACACCAAAUCACUGGAUAAAACAUUAUCUUUCUAA